AUGGCCGUUGCUACUAUAUCGGAUGAAGAUUUUGACACAAACAAUGAUGACAGAUAUCUUGAGUUCUUCUGUCUUAUCUGGCUCGAUGACAAUAUAAAUGCUAAAGAAACUCGAGAUACUGAACAAAAUUUACGUUCAAUAAUUAAUAAUUUGAAGAAGUUUCAAGAUGUAACAAAAUGUCAAGAGUUUAUUGAACGAAGAUCACAAAACGAUCGAUUAAUACUCAUUGUUAGUGGUCAAUUAGAAAGAAAGAUAAUACCUUGUAUUCAUCAAAUUCGACAAGUUAUAUCAGUCUAUGUUUACUGUAUGAACAAAAAGAGCAAUGAAGCAUGGGCUUGUAAAUUUGCAAAGGUGAAAGGUGUCGAGAUUGACCUUGAUAAACUUGUUUCUCGAAUCAAAACCGAUCAUAAAAUUCAAAAGAAAGUAGAAGAACCAUUAUCCAUCAAUAUCUUUACUGCAAGCGCUGACUCGGGUACAUCAACAAUGGAAGUCAAUGGUGAAUUUGUUUUUUCUCAGAUUCUUAUUAAUUGUCUUCUACGACUAAAAGCCACUCAAUUAGACACAAAGGAGCUCAUUAAUCAUUGUAAAAAUGAAUAUGAAGGUAAUCAAAUCGAGUUGAGUAAUAUUAGUGAAUUUCAACAAGAUUAUUCACCUAAGAAAGUCUUACGGUGGUAUACUCGAGAAUCGUUCUUUUACAAAACUCUCAACGCUGCCCUACAUACACAAAACAUACACUUACUUUUUUUAUUUCGUUCAUUUAUUUCUGAUCUACAUCAACAAUUAUAA